GGAGAGGCGGACUUCGCCUUCCUCUUUCCUCCAGCAGGGGGCGCAGGGGAAGUUUCCGGGUCGUCUUGGGCACGCGGGUUCAUUGCACGUGAGGAUUCUGCACGGGGGACGGGAUUUCCCUCCACCCUUUGCCUCUUUUGGAUUGAUUUCUUUUUGCACUUUUCAAGCCUUUCUCUCUCUCUUUUUUUGGGGGGGGGUCGUCUCCACUACGUCUCAUGCCAUUCCACUUCCGGGGCGCGUGCAAGGGCCGGAAAAGCGCGGGGCUACUCGUGAGUAAGGGUGCAUUUGGCGGCGGGGAAGGUCUUUUUGCAAAAGCGGCGGGGACCGCGUUAGGAGCCAGGGCAAAGGGGGUGCGGAGAACAGCCUUGAGAUGUGAAGAUUACCAGACAUUGGGAAAACCAGUGACACUUGGAGGGCCUUUUUUUAGUAAGAUUGAAAGGUGACUGUUGGAACGGCUACCCAGUGGAAAUUACCCAGCUGUCGGGGGAAAGACUUUGCGAGAAAUGGCAAAUCCUUUGAAGCAAGUUUUUAACAAAGACAGGACCUUCCGCCCCAAGCGGAAGUUCGAGCCUGGGACUCAGAGGUUCGAGCUGCACAAGAAGGCCCAGGCCUCGCUCAACGCUGGGCUGGAUUUGAAACUGGUGGUCCAGUUGCCGCCCGGGGAAGACCUUCACGAUUGGGUGGCAGUUCACGUGGUGGACUUCUUCAACCGCGUCAACCUCAUCUACGGGACCGUCAGCGAUUCCUGUACUGAGAAGUCAUGCCCGGUCAUGUCUGGGGGCCCAAAGUACGAAUACCGCUGGCAGGAUGAAAAGUACCGCAAGCCCACCGCCCUCUCGGCCCCCAAAUACAUGAACCUCCUUAUGGAUUGGAUUGAGGUGCAGAUAAACAAUGAGGAUAUCUUCCCCACAAAUGUUGGGACUCCGUUUCCCAAAAACUUCCUCCAAGUGGUGAAAAAGAUUCUCUCUCGCCUAUUCCGGGUUUUUGUCCACGUCUACAUUCACCAUUUUGACCGGAUCGCCCAGAUGGGCUCGGAGGCUCACGUGAACACCUGCUACAAGCACUUCUACUAUUUUGUGAAAGAGUUCAACCUCAUAGACACCAAGGAGCUGGAACCACUGAAGGAAAUGACUUCGCGGAUGUGCCAUUGACAUUCCGGGACUUUCCUCCUAUCCUCCAAACUAUUCCCGGUCUGCAUCUCUCUCGGAACUGUGGAACCACCUCCUGCUAGAGAAAGCAUAGCGAUCGUAGAAGUGUUUCCAUUUUUUCAACAAAGAAAAUAAUAUAUAUAUAUAUAUUUUAAAAAUGAGGGGUUUUUUUCUAAUAUGUCUUAGAAUGCACUGUGGAACUAUUUUAUGAAAUGCUUCUGAUCAUUAGAAAUUUUUUUUUUAAAGUAGGCAUUUAUCUGCCUUUGGUUGAGAUGGCAAACUUUUAAAGAAUUGCGUUGAAAUAAAAUGUGUUAAGGUCGUGAUCACUUUCAAUUUUGCCCUGGUGGGGGAGGUUUUUGGGGGCGCUACUUCCUGGGUCCCAGAAUGCUUGGCAUCGUUGAGAAGAAUUUGGGAUGCAUUUCUGGGAUUUGGGGGUGAAGGCUGGUGAAAGGUCACACCUGUGUGUGUUUUUAAAGCAACUUGAAAAUGUAUUUGCACCACUGGCUGGAAACAUAUAUAAUUCUUAAUAAUAAAGCUUUUCGGUACUACCUCCCAAUUA